AUGAUUUUUAAUAAUAUUAUUAUAUUUUUAUAUUUUAAAUUAACUUUAAAAAAUACUUUGGUAACAAUUUCUAAAUAUAAUACUAAAUUAAUAUAUAUUAAAACUAUAAAAAGUAUGUCUUGUGGUAGUUUAAAAUAUUUUAAAAAUAGAUUAAAAAAUACUAUAUUGGCUAAUAAUAUGUUAGUUAUUAAUAUUAUAAAAUAUUUAAUUAAUAAAAAUUUUUUAAAUAUUAAUAUAAUUUUUAAUGGGGUUAAUUCUUAUAGAAUACAUAUAUUAAAAUUAUUAUUAAAUAUUAAAUAUAAAAAUAAACAAUUAAAUAUAAAUAAAUUAUUUGAUUUAACUUCUAUACCUUAUAAUGGAUGUAAAAUUUCUAAAAAAAAAUGUUAA